AUGCAAAUGGAGCCACCUGAGCCAGCCAAAGGCGACACGGCAAAGAAGACAGAGGACGCGAAGUCCUUCUUGCUGCGGUUGCGCGGGUCCAAUCUGCGCCAAGCUUGCACAGAUUGUGCACAAGCGCUGGACGAUGCUGCAGACUUCGAGGCAAAGUUCUUGGUCCUCGACACUUGGAUUCGCACCUUCGAUGGAGAGCCUUUGCCAACCGUCUCAUUGCAUCCGCCAGCCAAAGACGAGCCUCCGAAGGAUGCAGAGCGAGAAACGGGCAAAGACGGAGGGGAAGGCAAGGAAGGUGAUCAGCUGUGGCCUCUGGGCAUCUUUCCGACAUGUACAUUGAAGUCGCCUGAAACCGAGGCGGCAUCUGAGGCUCCAAAGGAGAUUCCAAAGGAGAUGCCUCGCUUCGCCAAGUACAAGCGGCUUAAGGAGGCUUUGACCCUCUUCGCUGAACGCUUUGGCCAGGACCCGUUUACGUCCGUAGUGCCGGCAUUGCUGAAGGCGGCCGCUGAGCUGGCGGAUGAAAGCAGAGCGGCUGCGCAGCUCCCUGUACCCCCGCAGCCCAAGGUUGCAAGGCCAUGUCGCAUCCGACGUGAGCCAGUUGCAGAGGCCUCAGAUGACAAAGUGUCUCCCAAAGCAGGAGCGGUGUCUGAGGCCGACGAGAAUCCAGUGGACAAGGUCGUUACGCUCUCGGCCUCCAGUGUUUACUCCUUGCUUGCCAAUGCGGCCUUGCUAAACGUGCAAGGCUUCUUUGAUUUGCAGAAGCUGUACCUGUCUUCGGCAAAGGCCGCCCCCCAGAAAAUCUUGUGCCUGCUUGCCUACUUCCACUUGGGCUCGGAGGCGAGUGACCGCAACAUCGUUUUUGAAAGAGCGGUAUCCUCCGAUGAAACCGUUCGAUCGUACCUUCCAGAUCCCAUCAGUCCGCCGUCGGAGGAGGUGAAGGCGCCGCCGUCAGAGGAGCCGCCGUCACAGGAGGUGAAGGAGCCGCCGUCACAGGCACAUGAGGUGAAGGAGCCGCCGUCAGAGGUGAAGGAGCCGCCGUCAGAAGAGGUGAAGGAGCCACCAGCACAGGAGGUGAAGGAGCCGCCGUCCGAGGAGGUGAAGGAGCCACCGUCACAGGAGGUGAAGGAGCCGCCGUCAGAGGACGUGAAGGAGCCGCCGUCAGAGGAGGUGAAGGAGAAUGGAGGUGGAGGUCCUCCAGUCCAAGAAAGCAAAGGUGAGGUGCAGGACCCAGCGGCCAAGGAGACAGACGGUUGGGCCGAAGAGGAAUCCGGAAACGAAGGUGCGGAACUUCCUGCAGUAGCCUUCACCGCUGAUUUCGCCACAGCCCUUGACGGCUGUCAAGGCGCAAUCAUUCUACUGAGCAGUGCUGGCAGCUUUGGAGCCAUUGCAGACGUCAAGACUCCUCCUGAGGAGGUGCCUCUCUGGGAAUUGCCCGAGUUGCUUUGCUCAAAGCUGGUUCUCGGAAGCAAGCCGCUCACUGACAGUGAGGUGGUGGUGGUUCGUGGUGUUCGACGCCUGAACUGCUGCAUGACAGAGGGCCCGCUACUACACCUGGCAGAGGGCCGUCCACCGGAAUCCGUGUUGGACAUAGCAGCGAUGGACAUCCAACGCCACAUGGACGACAGGCGUUUUGCCAUCGACUCUCUUCGGCACGACUCGGUGAAGUGGUCCUCAUGCUUCCGGCGAUUGGCAAAGGACGUGGUGGCAGUCAGCCAUCCCCCUCUCAUAGGUGUGGACAGGCACUGGUCUUAUGCAAUGCAGCUGCUGGCUGCAGGACAUUGCCAGACCUGCAGCAACACCAAGCCAAAGCUACGCUAUGGGCUCAGCACGGAGGGCUACGCAACAGCGGCUGCUUCCACCGAGCUGUCUCCAGCGCAGGUCAAAGAAGCCAAGCACCUGGAGGCGCUGACGGGUCGGAUGGCUUCCUGGAGGCCUCGGGACCUCCUCCGGCUCCUGGCCUUGUUUCCCUUCGCCCGAGCCGGCGAUGUGAAGUUCCACGCCUUCUGGACGCAGAGACUGCGAGACAGGACGCUCGAGAACGGAGGACGCCCAAGCAGAUCAGAAGUGGCGAGCAUACGCUACAGGCAGGCUGAACUCUGGCCUCCUGAGCCGCCGCGCGAGCCAUCACCAGAGCCGCCCCCGAAGGUGGAACAGCCUGAUGAGAUCAAAGACCCUGAGCCGGCAAAGUCUGAGGUUCGGGAGGAGAGAGGUCAGAAGGAAACUGCGCCCUCGACCUUUCAGUCCUACAAGAGGAAGGAGAGGGAUCAGCGGGAUCAGCGGGAUCAGCGGGAUCAGCGGGAUCAGCGGGAUCAGCGGGAGCGAAAGGAGCCGAAGGAGCAGAGGGAGCGGAAGAGGGAGAGGUCGGACAGGAGGGAAGACAAGAGGGAAGACAAGGGCAGGCGGGAUACCUCCUGGGAGAAGAAGGCCGAGAGGAAGGAGAAGAAGGCAAGUCGAAGGUCUUCCCCCAAGAGGAGCAGGAGCCGAAGCCGCAGCCGAAGGAGGAGGUCACGGUCUCGGCGCAAGCGACCAGCGUCACGAGAGAAGCGGAGGUGA